UGCGCCGCCAUGCGGAGUGGCCCGUCACAUUGAAGUUGCAAUUCGAAAGGAAAGCCGUCGAACAUCGCAGCAUCUCGCCCGCUGACUCGCGAUCCCGCCACAGCAGCGCGCAUACAUACGGUACAGCUAUCGAACGACGCUUUUGAAAGGACCGACCGCCGGAAAAAGCCAGGGACCCUUCUUGAAGAGCACGCCCGCCGCAUACUUCUUUAAAGCACUGCAGUCAUGGCACUGGAUCUGAAAAGCAUACCAAAGGAGUUUGUCGCGACCGCCGACUUUCUGCGGAGCGGGGAUGCGAAGCUGACGUUGAAACAGGGCACGCUUGAUGGGAGGCGGGUAGAUUUCUUCAAAGGCAAACACGCCGUAAACGCCCUUCUCCGCAAACCCUCCCCCAAACGCCCAACCGUCACCUCCCGCCCGACCGCCGAAUCCCACCUCUCCGAACUCCACCGCAACGGCCUCUUUAUCCAAGUGGACCGCUCCUCCAAACCCACAAAGCCCACCACCCCCGGCGGCGGGCCGCCCCCCAUCCCACUCCAACUCUCCCAGCCGCAAGCACCCUUCUCGCCGGAUCAUUACUACGCUUGGGUCUACGAGGGGUCGCAGCUCAAGGGCAUAUUGAUUGGAACGGGCGUGUUGGCGGUGACGUUUGCGGGGGUGAUGUUCCCGUUAUGGCCGGCGUCGUUGCGUCAGGGGGUGUAUUACCUGUCGUUGGGGCUGUUGGGGCUGAUGGGGCUGUUUAUGGUGUUGGUGCUGUUUAGGAUGGUGCUUUGGUUGGUGUUGAAGGCGGGGACGGGGAGGGAUGGGUGGUUGUAUCCCAAUUUGUUUGCGGAUGUGGGCGUUGUGGAGAGCUUUACGCCGGUUUGGGGCUGGGAAGACGUCAAACCGAAAAAGAAGCGCUCAAAAGCCGUCAAGGAGGCGGUCGGCAGCAGCGACGGGGACGGAGAUGGGAAUGUCGACCAUGAGGAUUAGAUUUCAACACAUCACAUUACCUCCUACACCCUUAAACCUGCCAUGCCGACACUCGCAUUGAACCUUACACAGUGGUAAAAUGCACCCACCCGCCCAUGUCGUUUUGAUUGGCCCUCCGACCAAUAGCUACCGCCACCGAUGACCUACCGGAUGUUUUUGUACAAAUGCAUAUAACAAACACGAAAUGAGAAGCUUUCAGGGUUCUUGGGCUUCAUAGAAGGUAGUUUGGGUAGGAUGCGCAUCGGCCCUCAUUGAUUCCCACGCCGGCGUGAUGGUCAUGGGCGCCUAUGUAUCGGUCCGCUUUCACCUGGUCGAGAGUCUUCCUGUAAACGCAGAAGGAACAAUCAGUAAAAUUUCUUUUUGG